AUGUCGGUCACGGAUAUCUCCCCGGAGAAUGAGAUUCUGAAUUACAUCCAGCAAUUGGCCGAAACGAAGAAGGGCCUUCCCUCGGGUCAACCCGUCUGUGUGUUGGCCUCGCACAUCAUCACAGACACCGAGGCCCUCGUGCAGUUCGCCGAAGAGGUCGGGCCGCAUGUCGCCAUUUUGAAGGUCCAGGCUGACAAUAUUGACGACUGGUCAACCCACACUAUCGACCAAUUGACCUACCUAUCCAAGAAGCAUGGUUUCAUCUUGUGGGAAGGGAGCCGAGUCUUGAACUCUCUCAUCAAUUUUAUGGGCCGCGACAGUACCAAUUGGGAUCAACGGAAGAUCCAGGCGGAUAUGAUUAAACGCAAUUAUACAAAUGGACCCGUGAGGGUGGGCCGGUGGGCGGGAAUAGCAACUGCGUGGGCCCCUGGGGCCCCCGUGGACAAGCAAGAGGAAGACGUCCUCAUUCCUACCCUUCGAAAGGCCGCACGUGAGGCUGUCGCAAGCACAUACAAGACGAUCCAGACGGAAAUUUCGGCUGCAGACAGCGAGGAUGGUCCGGAGGAAGACGUAUUGGAGCAAACACCAACAACGAAUGGCUGGCCCGAGUUCAGUUCAAACAACGGGAUUUCAAUGCGCAAACUAUCGACCAUAUCUGUCACUGAAACCAUCGCUCUACAACCCCACAUCCAGCCGGAGGAUGGCGUUCCCCCCGCCAUUACUUGCCAGAGGCUUGCUGCCGCAUGCUCGAACCGUGACUUUGUGGUCGGAUUUCUCACCAGCGAGCCGUGUUUCACUGAGUACCAUGGAAACAACGUGAUGGAGCUGGCUUUUCUGGACGAACAUCAAGGUGCAAAAGGACAAAACCUGCUUGCGUCAUCUCAUUUACUGGAAAAGCGCAACUCAUUGAGUCUUUUCUCUGUCAUCUCGCCCGAAUUGGGUGUGAACUUCGACUCCGACCCAGUGCAUAUGCUCAAUGGUGAUACGGAUGCGCCAGCGGCACGGUCUGAAAUUGUCAUGAAACUAAACUAUAUUGUUCGCCAGGCAUUGAGGCUUCGUGAUGCCAACCGCAAGGACAAAGAAGCCAACAAAGAGGCAAUGAGUAUUCGUCCCGGGCCGAACAUCGUGCAUUGCCCGAUUGUCAUCCUGCCAUAA